AUGGGCGUUCCUCUUACAUACACCCGACCCAAGCAUGUCGAUGCUCAGAGUCUUGCCAGUCACGCGUCUGCCGCCGACUCAAAGACGGGCGACUCGGUGCACUCUGGCGGCUCGGUCAAUGGAAUUCCCGAGUCUCUUGGAUUCGAUAACAUCAUCAACGGCGGAACCUGCCCGCCCGUGACUGUUCGCGACUUUAUGAACUAUCUCAUCUACAUUGAGCACUCGGCCGAAAACCUGCAGUUUUUCCUCUGGUAUAAAGACUACAUCAAGCGUUUCGGCGGCGCCGACACCACCGACUUGUGCCUGUCCCCAGAGUGGACGCAGUCCAUGGAGGACGAGGUCGUCGCGCGCCUCCGCCGGGAUAACGCCGACAAGAUGCGUCCAGACAAUACUGUAGCCGCCGAGCUGUUCAAGGGCACGGACUUUGAGAAGCACAGGCGUGAGGCUGGCGGCCACAAUCCAUUCACGACGCCCCCACGCGGCUCCCACGACACCCCCGACCAGGCGUCCCUCUACGCGGCCUCGCACGCGCCAUCCUCCACCACCGUGACAUACCGCUCGCAGGCUUCGGAGGCGUUCAACGCAGCCGGUGCCAAGCAGCCAUUUUCCAUCCAGCCCUUCCGCGAGGAGAUUAACCGGGUCAUCGCCACGUACAUCAUGGAUGGCUCACCGCGCCAGCUCAACCUCGCCUCCUGGGAGCAAAAGGCUGCUGUGCAGGCCCUUGCGCACACCACACACCCAUCGGCGCUGCGUCUCAUCGCCGCCUCGGUCGAGACGACGCUCCGCCGCCAGGCGCACCCCAACUUUGUACGCUGGUCCAUCUGCAACGGCAACCCGGCGCGUGUGCUCUUUGCGCGCUGCCUCGGCGUCGGGACUGCCCUUCUCGGCGUCGUCGCUGGCGUGGUACUUUGCCUGAGUGGUGCCGGGCGGGCCUGGCGCGCUCUGACCGCAGUCGCCUUUGUCGUUGGCAUUAGUACCCUCGUUGCCGCCUCCAAGGGUAUGUGCGUUGUGCUGCACGGCAUGCACCACCGCCACGUGCGGCCGUGGGAGCUCUUCACCCAGGACACAGAAAAGGACGGUGCUGCAAGCGUGGGCAUCUCCAAAGGGAGCCUUGAGUCGUUUGACUCGUGUAAUAGCUACGAGGACGAGCCCUGGGUCGUCAAGUAUGAGAAGCGCAACGUCGUUCGCAAGAUCUUUGACCGUGAAGUCUGGAUCCAAGAGCCGGCGCUUCGCCAGAUCCAAGAUAUCAUAUUUAUCCAGUCCGUCCUCGCGUCGCUGCUGUUUGGCGGCGUCUUGACGGGGAUCUUUGUCGCUGUUCCCGCCGGCCAUCUCUUCUAA